AUGGCUGAGUGGCGACCACAUCCAGUAUUCACUCCCCCACCACCUGGACGACCACUACUCGAUCAGGUACACGAAGAAUUUAAAGGAUAUCUCAAGAACUGGUGUGAACAAAUACCGAUACCUGCCAAUACUUGCGAGGAGAUUGAACUAGCAGGAAAAUCUAGAUUAGGCAUUUUAAAUGGCAUUUGGAAAAUGAUAACGAAAUUGAAAACGCAACCGGCGGUGUUUCAAAACAAAUUUUACUAUGAAGAUGUAUUGGGGAAAGAGAUAGAUGAAUUAUUAGAUUGUUUACCGCAAUCACAAGAGUUACAGGAAAAAAAGUACACCCUUAAAUCGCAGCUUCUCGACAAGAUAUCAGAUAUGAAUGAUUUGAUUAAAGAGAUAGAAACGCCUGAGAAUUACAAGGAAAUGGUAGCUCAGAAAGCUGAACUUAUGAAAGAUCAGAAAUUAAGGAAAACAGUCAGAUUAGACCGCGAGGCUCCAACGAAAAUAUUUGAAGAAAUGCUCAAGUACUGUACUUUAGACGAUUUCUUAACGGAAAAUAAUUACAAGGAGACCAAUAAAAUUUUAGAAAAAGCAUAUAAAAACAAGUUAUUGAUAACGAUUCAGGCGUACAUGGAUGAACUUAAGAAAGCUCAUGGCAAAGAAAUGGAAGAACUUUACAGUGUCUAUAAAGAAAGCGAUAUCUUUGAAAAACUUAAUAAAGUACCCUUGCCGACAGAAGACGAUAUAAAGGAAAAUGCUGAUGAAAUUCUUCUAGCACUUGAAAUUGAGCAGUGGAUGAAGGAUUUACCGAUAGUUAAGAACGAUGAUAGAAAUGAACAGCGUCAACGUUCAAGGUUAAGGGAUUCAUUGACGCAAAAAAUACAUGAAAUGGGAAAAAGAGUCAAUAUUUCUGAUUGUUGCGGAGAUACCCAAGUAAGGCAUGAGAUUUCUUACUUUCUAGAUAUGGUUCCACUUGAAAAAGAUCAAGAUUUGAACAUCAAUCAGAUGGUGGAUGAGCUUACCAAUAGAUUGAAGAACAGGCAGGGAUCUGGCGGUAGAAGAAAAUCGGUAGCAUUCCAAAAUGGGAGUCGAUUACUAAACAGAAGCGAGUAUACUUUCGUAUCUCCAGCAUCAGAUAUUUACUCGCCUAAGGAUAAAUGGGCAUUCCAAGGUAACGAAGAUACUCAAUAUAAAUACCUUUUCCAAAAUCCCCCUUUAUGCUCUACUAAAAUUGAGCAGCCAAGUGAAUGGGACUUGGGCGAUGAUCAAGAUGCUCAAUACAGAGCCUUAUUCAAAGACGGCGUUCCGUGUUCUUCUAUGAUCGAGCCACAAGCUGGCUAUGGACCAGGCUCACAUUUACCACCAGAUUUUCGUCAUUCAUAUGAUCAACCAGCAAAUUUUGAUUUCCCUCCGAGGCAAUUCAAUGAAAGUGCUCGAAGAGGUUCAUUCGGUUAUUCUCAGCGAGGUUCGGAAAAAAGAUACCAACAUCCUGAUGUGAUGGGAUUCCCAAUGACGCCUUGCCCGGGCUCGCAUUCACCAGGGUUCUACGAAAGUGCAGCAGCAAUGCCUAACGUUCCACCAGACAGCCAGUUCCAAUCGUUACAUGGAAGUUGUAUGUCUGGAGCUGCUCAUCAAGUUCCAAGAAUGACGGGACGUUUCAAUCAAUCACAGGGUGUAGGAUGGAUGCCGCCAGAGGAAGCAUCAGGUUUCGUAUCGAUGCGUGAUGAUGGUCCACACCAAAUGUUGCCUCCACGGCAGCGUUUCCCAAAUGAACCGCCUGCAUUUUCACAUCGAUUUCAACUAGAUCCAAAUAUAUCACAAGCAGAAAGAUCCGCAGCCCAAGGGUUUGUACCAAUGACAAGCUACGGACACAGGCAGCCCCAAGGAUUUAUGUCGAUGCCUAGCAACCAACCAGCUGAAUUUCAGGCUUCUGAUUUCCAUUCAUUUCCUCCAAAUGAAUUCAUGCAACCACAACCUGCGGCAUUCAUUCCCAACGAGUCUCGUUUUUCAAGAAGAUAUCCAAAAGAAGGAUCAAAUGAUCCUAGUAUGCGACAAGACUUACUGCAAGAUAGUGUUGAAAGUAAUCGCGGUAUGAUGCCGCAACCGCUUGAAGUAUCUGUUCAAGUUCACGAAGCUCCUCGUCCACAUCAGCAACUACAAGUUGAUGGAGCAGUUCCAUUUGUGUCCAUGGUAAGCCAACAACGACCGAAUGAGCCUUUGGGAGCUCGGAACAUAUCUGUUCGGCAACCGACCCAAAACCAACCUUCUAUAAGAGUAACACCGGCUCGAGAUCGUACUGAUCUGGAUGAAAUUCAGGAGGCACAAAGCAGGAGCGCCCACUUAUCUCAUAUACAAGCACAAAUGCCAGUACCAAGUCGCCAGUCUUCACGUCACGCUCCAACCAAUAGAAUGACUGAAGCGGCCAGCAGAGAAACCUCAUCUCCGCAGAGAGCUAGAUUAUUAGCUUCGAACGCGCCUUCCUCGGAAAUAAGUAACCAACCAGCCUUCUAUUCAACUCCAAAUCAACGAAGCGCUCCACCACCUCAUAACAUCAGAGAACGUCGACAGUUAGAGAAGGAAAGAGGUCCAGCUAGGCGACUUGACAUGGAUGCAGAAGAGGUGGACGAAGGCGAGGAAAGGUGCCACUGCCGGCAAAGAUUUAAAGAAUGGAAGGGACAUAAUUGCCAGACUUGUGAUGAUUGUGUACAGGGGAGAUUCUAUCCUUAUCCUUACCCGUAUCCGUAUAUGUAUCCACCGUUUGGAAGACCACCGUUCCAAGGUCCACCACAUUGUAGAAGAUAAAUAGAUAUAAUUUGGCAAGCCAUUUGCGACAGUAGAAAAAGGUGGCAAAUAAAAAAAAUGUAUGCCCAAAAAAGGUUUUUUUUUCAGAAAAUUUGAGUUUGCAGGUGCCGUUUUUUAUUGUUGUACUUCAAAGUUGGUUUGCCGGAGUAUAAUCAUGAAACGCAUCCAAUUUUGGAAUAAAUAUUAAAUAACCAAGCGCCUUCUUUUACAUUGUAAACUGAGGGUCUACCGCGAAAAUCUAAAAUCGACAUUUCCUCUUCUGUUUCUCUAUUGCUCGAAUAAGCAAGAGUGAUAAAGCGGCAGAUAACGAUAUUUCGAUUAUUGAGGUAGGAACUCUGACCUCGCAACGAUUCAAACCAAGAUAACUAAUAUCCCACCAAACUGUUUUGUAUAUAGACCACUAUAUAACUGUUAUAUAGACCACGACAAAACGUAUACCUAUCGCUCGAACAAAUUUUAUCUAGGCAUCACAUUAAACAGCCAAAACUUGGCAUAAUAUGCUAAUUUUCAGAUUUAUCAUUAGAAAAAAAAUACUGACCGUUUAUAUUGCCUUUUUAAGUGUUAACCCUUAUUUAACUACAUGUAUUCAAAAUCUAAUUUAUUUGCUUAUUUUUGGAAUGUGUUUUAUGUUUCUGUUACAAUAUAAUUCAAUAAAAAAUAAAAAUAAAAAAUAGUAAGUGUUUUUGUUGAAAUACGGAUAGCGUGGAGUCCCCUUUCGUUUUAACAUAGCUUUAUUUGCCGUGCAGUGCAGUGGUAACACUUUUGCUCAAUUAGGUUCGCUAGGCGUUCAUACUUCAAAUUAAUUGUGUUAUGUUAAGGUAUAGUAGAUAUAAUAUAUUUACUGUCGUAGAGAUAAAUAAAUAAUAAAUAUUAAAUAAAUAAAUAUUAUAGGACAUUAUUACACAAAUUGACUAAGUCCCACAGUAAGCUCAAUAAGGCUUGUGUUGUAGGUACCUAGACAACGAUAUAUAUAAUAUAUAAUUAUAAAUACUUAAAUACAUAGAAAACACCCAUGACUCAGAAACAAAUAUCCGUGUUCAUCACACAAAUAUAUGCUCUUACCAGGAUUUGAACCCGGGACCAUCAGCUUCAUAGGCAGGGUCACUAUUACCCACUAGGCCAGACCGGUCGUCAAAGAGAGGCUAAAUAACUUUGCUGACUGUAUAUUUGCGGACAAGAAAUGACAUUCUUUUUUACUGGGGCCAAGAAUCAACGCAUCGUUCUUGGUGCAAAAAUUGGAUUAAUGCCAUGAUCAUGCCAUACUAGGCUUGCAAAGUUUACAUCAAUGAAGUGGUGUACAUCACUUUGUUAACAGACUUCAUAUGUAUAAAAAUAUCUAAGGAUAGUAACCAGUUUUCACUGCCUUCGAGUGUUGUUUAGCCGCCCACGACCGGAAAAGUAGGUAAGUGUUAUUAAUAAAUAUAUGAUGAUACAUUAUUGACUGUUACCGAUUAUAUAGUUGAGAUAAUAUAGCACGGGUCAGGAGGUGACAGCGGACGCUUGUAACGGUUUCUUUUGGGGGCAAUAUGGCCGACUUUUUAAGUGGGUAGACUACGUCUAAGCUCCAUUGCACUUGGCAAUGCAAGCUUGAGCGCCACUAGAAGGAUGAUUACUGUACUUUUUUGUAAGCCUGUAAUGUGUACAAUAAAGUGAUUAAUACUUUUUACUACUACUAUACUCUGUAUUUUUAGGUAUUUAAAUAAAAGUAAACAAUCAAUCUGUACAUUUUCGGGUAGUUAUGGCAUUUAUUGGUUAACCAACCAAAUACAAAACCGCCUGGAUCUGUCACUGAACAAGCUGAACCGACAUUAUUUAGUCCAUAGAAAUAGGAUAGUAUAGAACGACUGUCAAACUUCAAAAAGUACGACCAAAACUGAAAUGCAAGUGUGUGCGUAAAUUGUCUAUGUGCGAACAAAAAUAGCGAUGUACAACGGGAGGGAGCUCAUUCCACAGCCGGAGCGUCCGCGGGAGGAAGUUCCUCUUAAACCGCACAGUGUGCGACCAUUUAGGUUCUAAGGUGUGACGAUGAACACCCUGCCGACGGCGAGCGGUGCGGUGAUAGAAAGCGGCCGUUGGCAUCAUGUCAAACAAUUCCUCAGAGCACAGCCCAUUGUACAAGCGGUAGAACACACACAAAGGCAAAGUCUUACCUUAGACUUAAAGGUUCAAUUCUGGUUUUGAGUUUGGGAUCGUCCACGAUUGAGUGAACUUGAGUUUUGUAAACGUUAGUAACUACCGAUCGUAUAAUAUAUCGUUAAAUCGUGAGCAAUCAACUACCUCGCCUUGGGACGAUAACUAUGUUAUUAUAAAUAGAAGGUGCAAUGCAACAUUGCCUUGAAAAUUACUACAUAGGAAGGAAUACUUUAUCUACUUAUGUAUCAAAUUUACAAAGUACUUACAUUAUUAUGACUUAUUAUUUGACGACCGGUUUAGCCUAGUGGGUAGUGACCCUGCCUACGAAGCUGAUGGUCCCGGGUUCAAAUCCUGGUAAGGGCAUUUAUUCGUGUGAUGAGCAUGGAUAUUUAUUCCUGAGUCAUGGGUGUUUUCUAUGUAUUUAAGUAUUUAUAAAUAUUUAUAUAUUAUAUAUAUCGUUGUCUCGUGUAAGUACCCUCAACACAAGCCUUAUUGAGCUUACUGUGGGACUUAGUCAAUUUGUGUAAUAAUGUCCAAUAAUAUUUAUUUAUUUAUUGUUUUUUUUUUUUUAUUUAUACCGUGGGCUAAUUCAACCCGAUAGAUUUUAACGAUAAAGAGCAAAAAAAAAAAAAUAUAUAUAGGGUUUUCUGCACACGAUUUCUUAAUUUAUUUAUACCUACACUUUGGUGAAAAAUAAACAUUAAGUAUCUCUAAUAUCGAUUUCAGGAAACUGUAUAACAUUUUAAAAGCUGUCGGGUUUCAUUGGCCCACGGUGUGUAGUAUAUUACCUACAUACGUAGCGACCAAUCGCGCGCGUGAUGCGAACUCAUCAACCAAUCGCGUUGCGGCGUUAGACUGCAUGAUUGGCUCGAAUUCGUGUGCGUGACACCGCUGUACUGGCCCCAUUCUUAUUGCCCGUAAGGCCCGUCCUUAGAUAUAUGUCAAUGAAACAACCAUAAAUA